AUGUCUAGUACUUGCUUAUUAUUUGUGACUAGGCAGAAACAGCUAUCAACUAAGGAUCAAGCCAUAUUUUGUCCAGGAUGUGGUACCCCUACUCCUCCCAACGCCUCCAACAUGUGCGUGAACUGUAUCCGUAACGAGGUUGAUAUUACCGAGGGUAUUCCCAAGCAGGCCACGAUUCACUUUUGUAAAGGUUGUGAAAGAUACCUUCAACCUCCAGGAAUCUGGGUUACUGCCCAGCUUGAGUCCCGUGAACUUUUGACCUUGUGUUUGAAGAAACUGAAGGGUCUGACCAAGGUGCGCCUGAUCGAUGCCGGUUUCAUCUGGACAGAACCUCACAGUAGAAGAAUCAAGGUCAAGCUGACCAUUCAAAAAGAGGUGUUUGCCAACACUAUUCUUCAACAAAUCUUUGAGGUCGAAUAUAUUGUGUCAACCCAACAGUGUGACGAAUGUACUCGUCUUGCUGCACAAAACACAUGGAAGGCUGCUGUCCAGGUCCGUCAAAAGGUCGAGCACAAGCGUACCUUUUUGUACCUUGAACAGCUUAUCCUCAAACACAACGUACACAAAGACACUACCAACAUCAAAGAAGCCAAGGAUGGUAUCGAUUUCUUUUAUGGUCAGCGUGGACAUGCCAUUAAGAUGGUUGAGUUCUUGAGUUCUGUUACACCCACUAGAUACAAGACUAGUGAACAGCUCAUUUCCACAGAUAUCCACACAAGUACCAGCAACUACAAGUUCACUUACUCGGUUGAAAUUGCUCCUGUGUGCAAGGACGACAUUGUGUGCAUUCCCAAGAAGCUUGCCAAGCUUAUGGGCAAUAUCCCCCAGUUGCUAUUGGUUACCCGUAUCUCCAACUCGAUCCACUUGAUGGACAUCAAUACCCUCAACCAGGUCGAUGUUCUCUGUGUGACCUACUGGCGCCACCAGUUCACUGCCCUGGCCAGUGUAAAGAACAUGGUCGAGUUCUAUGUUUUGGAUGUCGAGCCUCUUGGGCCUGUGAAGGGUAAGCAUGUUCUUGCGGAUGUGCAUGUGGCACGAAUGGCCGAUUUUGGCCGCAACGACGAUGUCUACAUCUGCAGAUCCCAUCUGGGUGCCAUUCUUUCGCCCGGAGACACCGUCUUGGGUUACGAUCUGUCGCGCUCGAACUUUAACAACGAAGACUUUGACAAACUUGACCGCUCGGCUCUUCCGGACGUGUUCCUUGUCCGCAAGACAUUCCCUGCUCGCCGCAAGAAGAACAAGCAGCGUAACUGGAAGAUCCAGCAGCUUGGCAAGGAAGUGGAUGAGAUGUUGCCCCGUAAGCAGGAUCAGGCACGCAUUGACAACGAUAUGGAGGCCUUCUUGCGUGAUAUUGAAGAAGAUCCCGAGUUCAGAUCAACAAUCAACAUUUUCAAGAAUGCUGCUGCAAAUGCUGCUGCUACUGGUGGAGCUGUGGAUAGUGAUAUGGUUGAUGAAGACGAAGAUGAUGAAGAAGAAGAAUUCCCAGAAAUUUCUCUGGCAGAGAUGCUCGAUGAAAUCACCAUUAACGAUGAUGGACCAGACGAGCCUGAAGCAGCUUACAUGGACGAAGAUUAAACUAAACUUGAACUAGACGCAUCGUUUGUUUAUAUAUAUUUCUUCUUCUUCUUCUUUUUGUUUCUUUGUUUGUUUGUUUCAAUUCAUCCUCCCAUAUCUUCUUCUUUUAUUAUUUUGUAUCUCGAUCUAUCGUACAGUCAUAAUCCUUCCUUAUUUCGCUUUUCUUUCUUUCUUUUUCUAUAUCUAUUUACCAUGUAUAUUAUAUAUACAUUACAUGUCUUUUUUUUUGUUUUAUUAAAAAAUAAUAAUAAUACAUUAAGUGGUCUUUAAUAUACAC